AGUUACCCAUUCGAGACUCCAAUGAAAUAGCAUUACAAACCCUGGAGAAAGACAGUAAUUGGAGGGUUCUUCUGAAGAAGUAGCGGUAAAAUGGUGGUUACGAAGUCUCGCCGAAAAUCUGGUUCAACCACUUUAGUGGUGAAACGGAGGAACAAGUCAGGUGCAAUUCGUCUGGAGGGGAACCUUAGUGAUUACCUCAAUACGAAAGGAGCAGAUGUGUUGUGGGGCUCAAACAUAAGACUAACAGAGAACGAUCUACAAGAGAUACUCCCUACAGAACCCAGUCCCUCCAGCUCCCCCGAGAAGAACGUUAUAGCCGAGUGUGCCAUGUGUAACGAGGAGUUGACUACCAAUCAUGUUUGUAGAGAGUACCUGGAGCGUCUUCAGCCUCACUUCUCAACUGUACCGAAAGGAGGUCACGAGAUCACUCUAACACAGACAUCUGAAGAAUGCAGAAAGAACCUCUCGUCUCUAGAUAAUGGAAUUUACGACGAAGACGACAGCAAUCUCUUUCACUUUAACCCUCCCGCAGCUCAUAUUGAUGUCAUUUCCUCAUUCAGAGCUAAGACAGAGUUCGAUCACGAGUCCUCAGUAGAUAAUAUAAACGUGUCCGUUUCCUCAAAGACAGCUUCUACCCAGAGUUCUGAGAAGCAGACAGUACCAUUUUCUACUUCUUGGAUCAGUGCUGUGUAUUCAAAAGGUCCACCACUAGACCUGUUCACAUGUGACCAAUACCAAGCCAUGCUGUCCCAACGUACCACCUACUGCUACCCCAUCCUAACCAAGCUGGAUAACGUGGAACAUGAUCAGCCCCAUUCCCCACCCCCGGUAUCCGAAGGGGACCAGCCUACCACAGUUACCUUGACUACAGAAUACUAUCAUCCUACUGCACCCCUCCAUGAUACUUCUCCUCGACCAAAGUUUGUCAGAUCAGUGAAACGGUUAAAACGAGACGCAUAUUUCACAGAAUACCCUGUUCCUGACGACCAUUGCAAUCAGAGCUCAUUCCCCAAGGAGACAAGUAGCCCUUACCCAGAACAGAGGAGCUACCCACCCACCAAGAAGAGAACUAUAUAUCCUACCAGUUACAAGAGCGCUGAGGUGACGAAGAACAGUAGUGUGGGAGGCGAUGACACCCGACACGAGGCCGCAACUCUAGUUGAACCUGACCAGCCCAGGAAAAAGAGGAAAUAUGUACGCAGAACCACCAAAGAAGAACAAAUAGAGAACGGUACGGCUCUGUGGCAGUUCCUAAUGAGGAAGUUGGAGGAUCAGAGGUGUAGAGGCUGGAUCAGAUGGACUGGAAACGAUCUCGAGUUCAAGGUUCUGGAUCAGAAAGAAGCUGCUAAGCAAUGGGGUCUGUGUAAGAAGAGAACCAAGAUGACAUUUGACAAGUUUUCUCGGUCAAUGCGGUUCUACUACUCUAAAGGUAUCCUAGUCCACAAUCCUGACAAGAGAUUGACCUACAUCUUCUGUAGGCAGCCUCAUGAUCCGGUCUACACGGAAAUGUUGGAGCGUGUCAUGAACACAUUGCCUCCUAACACUCUUCACUGUACUGCAACAUGUAUAGAUCCGACACACGAGCACGAGAAAAUAAAACUGCUGGUCAGAAAACGUCCCAAGAAAGCCAAGGCCAGAGAUCCUGGAAUAGAAAACCCAAACAGUCGUGGUGACAGUGGGAGUGAGUCUCCUGGAGAUUGUGGUUCCCGGAGUAUUGGGCUCCAGUGUGGUUCUAAUCAGGACCAGGACCCAGAUUACGGAGAUCACAUGAGAGGUUCCUUGAUACCGGAGUAUGUGAUGCCGUACCAGAACGAACAUGGAUCUGCCGCCUCCCCACCCUAUUCUAGCAGCAAUAUGACCGAUUCUGGAUUCUGUUCGAGUAGUCCAUACUCUGACUACAGGAGACGAUCCGAGCAUGAUUUGUAUAAUUCCUCGCCGAUGGCUGCCCUUAUUGCUGCUGCAUCACAGGCGGUGGCAGUCCCAAUCCCAGGUCCCCGAGUGUACCCCAGCAUGGAGAUCCCUUCCUCCCCUUCCCACCGCACCACCCCUCCACCCUACACUCCACCGCCAGACUCCCGACCCAGUACACCACCUUGUGGUACACCGCGAGCACCACAGCUCUCCGCCGAGUACACCGAGAUGAUGGUUUCUGCAAUCGAGUCGGGGGAAUUGAGAUACGAGGAACUGUCACCGCAGGAAGUGUCAUCGGAAAAAAACCGGGGUUAUGUUGACUACUAUCAGAAAACGAACGAUGAGGUGGAAAGUGGAUCGUCACAUACGAACCAUACCGUGCUGUCUUCCCGGCAUAGUACAGCGACUUCGUAUGAGUACAAUGUUGAAUCGACCGACAAUCAGCAGAAUAGCUCGUCCGUCACUAUUCUUGACUCGGGAAUGAACUAUAGCGCUGCCCCAGACAUGUUUGUUCCUGAGACCCAACUUUCUGACAGUCUGAGUACGAAUGUUCCAUCUCCUACAACCAUUCCAGAUACUCAGGACACGACACCAGAACUCUCCAUGGACGAGACAAAGGAAUCAACAACAUCAGAAUCUCAAUUAACCGGUACAGUGGAUGUUGUACCAGAGAUGACCUCUAGCGACGAUGUCCUCCCCCAAGACACAGACGGGAUUUUCAGCUUUAACACGGAAACUUCAGUACAGGUUUCCGGGACCGGGGAGAGGUCCACAAGGAUCAGUCAAGAUUCAGGGUUUUGUGAAACUCCGAGUACAUUUAACAGGAUUUCUAAGGAUUCUGACAUAGCGUCGCAAGAUUCGCAAGAAAUUUGAAAAGCAUCGUCAGAGUUAACCUGUAUUGGAGUUUAUCAGAUGUUGAUUUGGCAUGAUGUGUGAUACAAGCCAAAGUAUGUUUUGUAGAGCACUUCAAAGAUGAUUUACUGUUUUAUAAGCUUAAAAAGCUCUGCUUAAAUUAUAUAUACAGGUUGUGUUGCCGACUUAUUUUUCAGAUGUUUUAUACUACCUAUUAAUUUGUUUUUAUGUGAAAGAGAUUUUCAUUUCAUAUGAUUUUUGAGCGACAACUUUUAGUAGUUGAAGGUGAAAGAUUUACGUGAUGUGCGAAUAUUAGUAGUUUUUUGUUUGAAUGGUUGUUGAAAGAGUUACUUUUUAUCGUAAUGUGCGUUGAUAUUGGUCGCAUUUAUUGGAUCAGUUUUUCAUUAUAUUUUUAGAUUUAAUUUACCCGAGCGCGCUAGCAGUGCAUAAUUUUAGAAUCUUAGUCUUACGUCAUUAUCAAAUGCUUUAGUCCGUACAGUGUUAUACACGGGUUUAAUUUUAUUGAUAAGCGCUGGAGAGUCGUGAGAUCAUUUCAAAUUAUAAUAAAAUAUUGGUUUUAUAUUACUAAAAUGCUGACUAUACACAUUAAAUCCAAAAAAUAAAAGCUCAUGGAAUUGUAAAUUAGCACUGCAUGUAUUGAUCGGCAAAUGUACUAUACUGCAAGAUUAAAUUGUUGUAAGUUUACAAUGUUUUGUUAAAGAUUCCUAUUUUAUAAGUAUUG